AUGGAAGGAAAACGCGACGAAGCACCAAUGCCGGGAUUUCAUCCCAUAGGCCAACAUGCCGGCAGCAGAGAAGGCAAUGAGGACGCCGCGGCGAUACAUAGAGCCCUUCACUCAUCUGAGGACGAGAUGCCUGUUUUGGAAUUUAACGCAAACAAGGGCAAUUGCUCCAAGGGUAACGUUAGCUUUGGUCUUCCGCCGUAUGUGCCACGGUAUCCACUUGAUCAGCGCUGCAGUGAAGGUUUUCUGAACGUUCCCUGGGAUCUACGCAAACCAACCGGAUCGGGCCGUUGUGAUACUUUUGAUUGGUUGCGUUCCAGAAAAUUAUGGAGGCACGCGGAGUUUGCGCUACGCAUCACGCUCCUUGCUGUGCUACUCCCCGCCUCACUCAUUGCGGCAGAGCUACCCAACUUACCGUUUGUGUCGACGACGUACUCUCUUUCUGCAGCGGUGCUGGCCUCCAAGAUCACGGUAGGUGAAGGGGUUGCAUACCUCAUCACUUGGAUUCGUGCCGGUUGUAUUUGGCUUCCACUCGCCACUAUUGGGGCAGCUUUUCAACUCGGUAAUUCCACUGUGGGGUGGUGUUUCUUCUACACCUUGCUUCUCUUUGUGAUGGCGACACUCACUGAAAACAUGGUUCGACGUAUUUGUCUCCUGCUGUUUAACGGCUGCAUGAUGGGCAUCCUUAUCGAUCCAAAGAGAGGUAUUUUGUACCCUUCACAAGUUAUGACAGAUUGGUGCAUUGGCACAGGUCUUUGCCUUCUUGCAACUUUUUUGCCUUACCCAGUUUUUUGCAACAGAAAGGCUCAGUCUGCCCUUUCUCAUAUUGCACAAAACAUUGGAACAGCGUUGACUGGCAUGUCGUCCUGCUUUUGGUCGGAAUCUAAUGUUAAACGAAAUAUGGCAAUGACUAAGGUUCGUAUAGUAAAGGCAGCAAUCGAUACUCAGUUUGAUGAAUUUUAUGCAGCGCAGGAGAACUCGUUUUACGAAUUUAUUUUUGAGGGGUUUGAGGCGUGGGAUGUACGAGAAACCAAAGCAAAACUUUUUGCAAGACUUGGUUCCAACCUGGGGAUUUUGUCACGGGUCCUUGACAUUGUGGAGUCUAAGCCGUGGGUGGUUGAUGACUCCGCGAGGUCAAUCGCCUUUGGGGAUUGCAUGCAUUCACAUAUCCUGAGCUUCACAACCUCGCUCGAUAACCUUACGAAUGAGCUUGCCUCUGCCAACACCUUUGGGAAGAUAAAACAGCUUCACAGUCUUUUUUUGCAACUGAAUGAGGCCACUUUAACACUCCAGGUUGAGUUUGACAACGCCCGCCGAGCACUCUUUUAUGAGAAUAAACCCGACACCUUGGAGGAUUUUGUACCAUUGAUGACAUUUUUCAUCUUCUCCAUCAUCAACUUCCGAGACACCCUGCUCCAGUUUGACUCCCAGGUGCACCACAGAAAAAGUUGUAUAAUGCAUUCCAUCACGAGAGUUAUGCAUAAAACUGUGUGGGAGCCUAUCAAUGAAAAUUUUUCUUUUUUCCGGAGACUUGUGACGCAGUGGCGUCGUAGGGAGCUUCAACGUUUGAUAGAGGCCGCAAAGGUGAGCGCAGCCAUGAUAUUAACCGUUGGAUUUUCUUUUCUCAUUAACAUUGACAGACAGUCCAUCUCGGGGCCAAAUAUCAUCGCCUUUGUCUCUGGGGCCAACCCCGUUGAAGCCCUGCAGGCUUCCAUUGUGCGUCUUACUGCAUGUAUUCUGGGCACCGUGUUGGGCUUUUUUGCGGGGUCAUAUUCUACAACAUCCACUGAAAAAGUGGCUUCCCUAUGCGUGCUCAUGUUUGUUGGCACUUUUUUCCGCAGCGAUAAACAAUACGGUAUUAUGGCAGUGUUUGCGAUGUUCGUUUUAAUUCCACUAAACACUGUGAGUCAUGUGACUACUGAAGACACCGUGGCACGCAUGAAUCAAAUUACAUUUGGUAUGCUUAUCUAUGUAUUUAUCAGCGUUCUUGUGUUUCCGCUGAGCCCUGGUCUUAUACUUCGCAAGAAACGCAUCAACGUCUUAUUGAGGCUAGGUGAAGUAUUUAAGGCGCUUUGUGACAUGUUUUCAGAACCUCCUUCAAUUGGGGGAGUGCGUUCUAGAACGCUUCCUAUUCAAGACUCCGGUGCUUGCGACAGCCCUAACAGUGGAACAAACGUGUCUGAAGAAGUGGUUCUGACAAAUACAAGCACACGUCUAGUUGUGCGUACAGAUCGACCCAUGCUGAAUAUUAACCUUCUUCUGGAAGAGAUUGAGGAGCGCCUUAAGGCGACAUACCCCUUUAUGGGAUUUGCACGUGAGGAACGUGGACUAGUAGAUGCGGAUUAUCCUGCAAAAUCCUGCGAGAAAACGUCCUAUCAUCUUCAUCGCAUGAUGAGCUUAUUGAAGACCAUGUGGUGCAGUUGGAACGUUUUGCGAGGUCAAGUGUAUUACACUCCUGAUACAAGACAUAUACUCAAGAGCUUGCAACCAAUUGGCUGGGAUGCGUGUUGCGCAUUCCAGCGGUUUAUAGGCUUGCUUUGUUACACACUGCGCAAUCCUGCGACUGCGUUGGAAAUGGAGCUUACUCAUGUUGUGCUGGAACUUAUUCAGGCCACAGAGGAACUGCAUCUUCGCAAGAAUCAAAUGAUGCUGUCUGUGAUUUGCCAUUCAGUGGAGAAACAUGGGCGUCGGCGGAAGGAGCCGGAUCAAAACGCUGCAGGGGGAGCAAAGGGCGUGUCGAAGUUGCAGAAAAAGACCAAGCCAAUUACGUUGGGCACAGACGGCAUGGGGUGGUCAGAUGAUGCAGGGUCUGUACUUACGCUUCUUCGCAAGGGUACAAAGCCUAAUCUACAAGAAAGUGCACCCUCGGUGGCGGAGGCGGUGAGUCUUUCUGAGAGCUUUUCUAUGCCUCUCACAGGAGAAGACGCGGAAGGAUUUCACUCACUCACGUUGAGUAUGCAGAUGUUUGCGGAUGAGACAAAGCUGUUGUUAAUGAGCCUUGAGGAAAUGCUGGAGCACUCGCGGAAAACAAUGUAA